AAGUGCGACAACAGUUGAUACGGUGACAUAGCAAGACCAGUUUGUCAAGGUUACAAUUCUUCCACACUAUUUGAAGCUGGCUGUAGUUUAUGUAACAAGUGUAAUAGUCUGUAGCGACAUAGAGGGAUAUCCGAGUACGUCCAUUCGAACCUGACACUCAACUACCGAGUGAGAACCAUCGGAUAUUUCACGUGUUUUUGUAAUAUUUUUCAUAUUUUGGUUCAAGACAUUGUCCCGCCCAUUUACGCCUCAAACGUGUUGACCUCAUUCCGUGCCGUCAGUGGCUACGGUGGUUUUCACGGAAGAUGCUGAAGAAAAGGGAUCCGCUGCUUGUUGAGAGUCCCCCAGAUCGUGAAGAUGAGACCAUGGUGCCAGUACUGACCUCCAAAAAAGCCAGCGAAUUACCAGUGAACGAAGUUGUAUGCACAUUGCAGGCUGACCUGCAGUUUGGCCUGACUCACGAGGAGGUGACCCGUCGCCGUGUCUACCAUGGCUGGAACGAAUUUGACAUCAGUGAAGAUGAACCGCUGUGGAAGAAAUACAUCUCCCAGUUUAAGGACCCCCUUAUCAUGCUGCUCCUGGCCUCUGCUGUUAUCAGUGUGUUGAUGCGACAGUUUGACGAUGCCGUCAGCAUCACAGUGGCCAUUAUUAUCGUUGUGACCGUUGCCUUUGUCCAGGAGUACCGAUCUGAGAAGUCACUGGAGGAAUUGGGUAAACUCGUGCCUCCAGAAUGUCACUGUAUACGGGAAGGGCACUUGGAACAUUUGCUAGCACGGGAGCUUGUUCCCGGAGACACCGUCUGCCUCUCCACUGGAGAAAGGGUGCCAGCUGACCUACGCCUGUUUGAGGCCACUGAUCUGUCUGUGGACGAGUCCAGUCUGACGGGCGAGACCACCCCCUGCUCCAAGUCCAGCGCUCCUCAGCCUGCGGCCACCAAUGGAGACAUCACAUCGCGGAGCAACGUCGCCUUCAUGGGCACACUGGUGCGAUGUGGGAAGGCCAAGGGUAUUGUCAUCGGUACUGGAGAAAAUUCUGAGUUUGGAGAGGUCUUCAAGAUGAUGCAGGCUGAGGAGGCGCCCAAAACCCCACUACAGAAGAGCAUGGACCUGCUGGGAAAGCAGCUUUCUCUUUACUCAUUCGGCAUCAUAGGAGUCAUCAUGCUGGUCGGGUGGCUGCAGGGCAAGCACAUCAUGGAUAUGUUCACCAUCGGUGUCAGCCUGGCAGUGGCGGCGAUCCCUGAGGGCCUGCCCAUCGUAGUCACGGUGACUCUGGCCCUGGGCGUGAUGAGGAUGGUCAAAAAGCGAGCCAUCGUCAAGAAGCUGCCCAUCGUGGAAACACUAAGCUGCUGCAACGUCAUCUGUUCGGACAAGACGGGCACCCUGACCAAGAAUGAGAUGACUGUGACACAGUUGUUCACCUCCGAUGGCCAACAUGCAGAAGUGACGGGCGUGGGGUACAACAGUGCUGGAGAGGUGCUGCUCAACGGCGAUCUGGUGCACGGCUUCUCCAAUGUCUCCCUUCGCAAGGUCGUCGAGGCUGGUUGUCUGUGUAGCGAUGCGGUCAUCAGGAACGGCACGCUGAUGGGGAAGCCCACAGAGGGAGCGCUCAUCGCCCUGGCCAUGAAGAUGGGUCUGGAGGGGGUUCAUCAGGAGUACGUCCGGCUGGAGGAGAAGCCCUUCACCUCGGAGCAGAAGUGGAUGGCUGUCCGCUGUGUCCACCGUACCCAGCAGGACAAGCCCGGGACCUACUUCAUGAAGGGGGCCUACGAGCAGGUGAUCCGCUGCUGCAGCAGCUACCACAGUAAAGGAGUAACACUACCUCUCACCAACCAGCAGAGGGAGCUGUUCCAGCAGCAGAAGAGCUACAUGGGCACAGCUGGCCUGAGAGUGUUGGCAUUUGCAUCAGGCACUGAGAUGGGCAGCCUCACGUUCCUGGGCCUGGUGGGCAUGAUUGACCCGCCUAGGGCUGGGGUGAAGGAUGCAGUGGGCACCCUCCUCAACGCUGGCGUCGCUGUCAAGAUGAUUACAGGCGACUCCCAGGAGACAGCUGUGUCAAUUGCGAGUCGGUUGGGUCUGUACACGAAGGGUUCCCAGUCCCUUUCUGGGGAAGAGGUGGACCAGAUGGACCUCCAGCAGCUCUCUCAGAUAGUACCCAGGAUAGUGGUGUUCUACAGAGCCAGUCCCAGACACAAGCUGAAGAUAGUCAAGUCACUACAGAACAUUGGGGCUGUGGUAGCCAUGACGGGUGAUGGUGUGAACGACGCCGUGGCACUGAAGGCGGCCGACAUCGGCGUUGCCAUGGGCCAGACGGGCACCGACGUGUGCAAGGAAGCAGCUGACAUGAUCCUUGUGGACGAUGACUUCCAGACCAUCAUGUAUGCCAUUGAGGAAGGGAAAGGGAUUUAUAACAACAUCAAGAACUUUGUGCGGUUCCAGCUCAGCACGAGUAUUGCUGCCCUCACCCUCAUCUCCCUGGCCACGCUCAUGAACUUCCCCAACCCCCUCAAUGCCAUGCAGAUCCUCUGGAUCAACAUCAUCAUGGAUGGACCGCCCGCGCAGAGCUUGGGGGUGGAGCCAGUGGACCCUGAUGUCAUUAGGAAGCCUCCACGGAAUGUUCGUGACAGCAUCAUCACCCGCAGUCUGAUCGUCAAGAUCCUGGUGUCCUCCUUCAUCAUAGUGUGCGGAACCCUGUUUGUCUUCUGGAGAGAGCUGCAGGACAAUGUGAUCACGCCCAGGGACACCACUAUGACCUUCACCUGUUUUGUUUUCUUUGACAUGUUCAACGCCCUCAGCUCGCGUUCGCAGACACGUAUGGUACACGAGAUGGGCCUGUGCAGUAACCGAAUGUUCUGCUACGCUGUGCUGGGGUCCAUCAUGGGUCAGAUGCUGGUCAUCUACUUCCCCCCGCUGCAGAAAGUCUUCCAGACAGAGAGCCUCAGCAUCCUGGACCUGCUGUUUCUUGUAGGCCUCACCUCAUCGGUGUGUGUUGUCUCGGAGAUGAUCAAGAAGCUGGAGAGGUUGAGGGGCGAGAGGAGAAAGGGCCGUGAUGGGACUGACAACACUGACUCUUUCCAUGAAGUAUGACGCACGUUGCGUUGCACGCAGAGGAUCGUGGUGGACACUGGACAGUGGCUCUGGGCGCCAUGUUUUCUUCCUCUGGAUUGUCGGUCAUUCAGUUUGUGUGUGUGUGUGUGUGUGUGUGCGGGUUUGUGUGUGUGUGUGUGAGUGUGUGUGUGUGUGUGAGUGUGUGUGUGUGUGUGUGUGUGUGUGUGUGUGUGUGCUCGUCUGCAGGCUGACUGAGCAGACUACAAGAACCGAGCGAGAGAGAGUGAAGUGGGUGACCCAGGUUGAUCUUGUCCUUGUCUAGGGCAGGGACGGCACUCACUCCUCCCCAUGGACAGACUGUGGUUGUGCACUGGUUUGAGUCCCCCAUUGGGUUACCACCUCUCCUUCCCUGAGCCUUUCUCUCAACCCCACCACACCCCCUGCCCCUCCUCCCCCAGGCUCUUUGAAAACAAAAAAGCUUUGGUGUGCUGCUUUUGAGACUUUUUGUCCCCAGCGUCUGAAAGAACAUUUUUAUUUAUGAGAUACUGUAAGGCUUCAGACAGUGACUGUUGACUUUUUAUUUCUCAUCAAAUGACUGCAAGCACAGUCCAUAGUUUUUUGGAACACGUAAAACAAUCUGCAUUCCGCAUUCCGGCUCUCCAUGCUAGAGCAGUGCUUGUAGGGGAAGGUUUCUGCGCCUUCAAAUUAAAGGGUGUGUAUAGUCUGUGUUUUUUUUUUUUUUUCUGAAUAUUUUCAUGGCAGAAUAUAAUAUAUUUUUCAAAGUUAAAGGUGAUUGAUACUGGGAGUUGUUUUUUUGUUGUUGUUGUUGUUUGUUUGAAGGAUGUCUGGUUUCCGGUCCCAAUAAAAGGGGUCAGACUAACAACUCAAAAGAGCCUGACGUGGUACUAGUUUUUUCCAUCAUGCAAAUAUAUAUGUAUAACCCAGAUGGGAGUUUGGGCCUCUUUACAUCUUAUUUGGAUAUAAAUAAUAAUAAUUUUACACAACAAAGAUGGUUUAUUACUCUUUUUAAGUCAAGUCCUGUUUUAAUUACUUCGGUUUGUUUACUGGCCAUGCCCCUCACUAGGCUAACCACAAUUUAGUUACUGUUUGCUUAAGCCCUGAGCACCCAUUUCAGAGACAUGUGGUGUUUCGUUCUCUUUGAAUUAGUUGACACUGUUAUAUACUGUAGGUGCACUCUCUUUACUGUACUGGCUACUGUAGAUCGUCACCUGCUCUCUGGAGUAGAUGGUCAUGUCUUGAGAGUAUGAAGCAUGAACUAUAACUUCUGGGGAAAAGGUUCAUGAGGUACGUUUUUUGCUUCUGCCACUAGCUUACAUUUUUUUGUUGUGUACAACUCAAAACCUCUAGGUUUUGUCAAAGUGAACUGGUUAGUUCAGCUUUGCAGUUUUGUUCCCUUAAACCAACACCCAAUAAGGAAUGACGAUUGUAAAGAUUGUUUUUUUUUUUUUUUUUUCCAUCUUUUAUUUAUUUUUAAUUGUGUUUUGCACAUGUGUGGCUAAUUGAGAAUAAACUUGUAUAUUCAAAUUUUUUAAUAAACCUUAAAAUGGG